AUGGAUAAGCCAAGCAGCAAGGAAUCAAAUACAAUAAAUACAGAAGAAAAUAUUGGAAUUAAUGAUAGGGAAUUUGUAGAAUAUCUGGAAAAAAAUGUAGUGGUAUUGUUAAAGGAUGAUAUUUAUUUAUAUGGUGUUUUUAAAUCAUACGAUCAAUACAACAGCAUUACUUUGAACUAUGUUUUAGAGAGGAUCUUUCAUGAGGGUGCAUAUGCAGAGAGAAGGCAAGGAUUAAUGGUAAUAAGGGGAGAAAGCAUUAUAUUUAUUGGGAUUGGAAAAUUUGAUCUAAGAAAUUUGAGAAUGGUGGACUAUGAGUAUUUGAGUAAAAUAAAGGAAGAGCAUUGGGAACUUAAAAAAAAGACAUCUGUUGAGAUUAAAUAA